AGUGCUUUUAUUUGGACUACAAACAACUCGCUUUUGUCGUUAGUAUCACACUAGCCGGUUUGUUGUCGGGCACUGCCGCGUCGCUCAACUCUUUGUAGUGGUGCUUGUUGAUCUGCCUUGACAGAUUAAAAACCCGAAAUACCAACAAACAUAAAAAGAGAAGGUACCGCAGGCCGAUAAGAGCCUCGUGGGUUAAUUAAGAAGACCAACGACGAGGAAGCAUGUCUUGUAGCCUGGGCACGUACCCAUCCAGGCGGCAGGUGGCACCGGUGGCUUCCGUAAGCGCCUUACGUGCGGCGGCGGAACGCCUGCAGAACGCUGCUGCCGCCGGCGGAGGCGUCUUCGACUCCAGGCGUCCCAACUACGUUCUCGACGUCCCCGUCAGCGCCAUCGACGUGGAUCGCUGGGAGACACGCUGGCGCGAGGCGAAGGGCACAUCGUCGUCGCUCUUCUCCUCCUCUUCUGCGGGCGGUGCUGCGGUCUUAGGCGCCGGCCAGGGUUUGCGUGCUGAGCCGUCCUUUCAAACCGCCUCCGUCGCCUACGCUGCGCACCACCCCGCCGCCACCAGCGAUGGUCGUGUGAAUGAAACCGACGCAUCAGGUGGUGCCGUGUCCACGCCGACCCGGCAUCUCGCACCGCUCCCCCCGUUUGUCUUUGCCGCGGUCAAGACGCUGCCCAUGACGCAGCUGCUGAAGCUGCGCCGACAGUGGCUGCCGCAUCGCCAGCGCUUCCCGGUGCAUCAGCAGCGCAUGGGCUUCUUGGAUGCAGUGCUGAAUCACGCGGUGGUGGCACUCGUCGGGCCUGCCGGCAGCGGACGGACCUUGCAGGUACCGAUUGUGCUUUCCGAGACGGAGGUGCUGAAGCGGCGGCGGCUCAUUGUCGUGAGUGCGAAUGCCACGGCGGCGCGACUGACGGUGCUGCGCCUGCGCGAGGAACGCGGCGAGGACGUGCACGCGUCGCGGACGGUCGCUGCCGCGCUCCCCAACUUCAUGGAGGUAAGCGAGAGCACCAGUGUGGUGGUCACCACGGCGGAGGUGCUGCUCCGGCAGCUCCUGUGCGAUCCGUGCCUCGAGGACGUUGGGUGUGUCGUGCUGGAUGACGCGCAUUUCCGCGAUGAGUCGACGGAGCUCUGCCUGGCCCUCCUUCGCGAUUUACUCACGGUACAGCAGCAGGCGGAGCAGCAGGAAAACACAAGCGCAGCCGCGGGCAUUUCCGGCGCUGGAGUCGCAGGAGCGGAGGCGGCGCAGACGAGCCCGGAUGCGCGGCGUGGGCGGAAGCUGCACCUCGUGCUAAGCUGCCCAGAUGAAGCGAGCGCCUCUGCGCUGCUCGCCUUCCUCGCCCCCUCCCGCUGCAAAGCAACUACGUUUACCCUUCAGGCCUCCUCCUCGCUGCUCGCGGCCGCCUCCACGCUCUACCUCGAGGAGACGGUGCAGUGGUUACAGAAGUGUGCGAAGGAGGGCUGCUGCCUCGUGCGCGACGGCGCCGGCAGCACGGUCGAGACGGCGCUGCUCUCCUACGCAGAUAACGUGGACGCCGUGGCGCGCAUCAUGGCCGCCGGCGACGCCGAGUUCACACAACCCACCGCGUUUCGGCAGUACUGGCUGGCUUUGAUUCGGGAAUGCGUGGAUCAGUACGACAAGGCGGACCGGCAAGCCCGUAGCAGUCGGGCUGUCAGCGGUGGUCCCGCAUCUCCCAUGCCGGCCAUCUUGAUCGUGGCCCCGAACAACUACUACGUGCACGUCAUUUCAAGCGCCUUGCAAGAGGCACAGAAGGAGGCGGCGGAGGACGAUGUCGUGGCGCAGCGUGUGUUCACGCCACUCGCCGAGGACGUGCCGUUCGCGAACUUUGUGUCGAUGGCGCAGCGCACCGUCGUGACGGACGUUCGCCAGCGCUGGAUUGUGGUGGCGACGAGUGAGCUCAGCCAAACGGUGCUGCCGUCCAACCUAGAUGUUGGCCUGGCGGUGGACUGUGCGCGCAGCACAUACACCGCCGUGGACGCGGCGACGAUGGCGGACACCUGCGUCACCGAGUACAGCAGCAUUGCCCAGCUGCGGUAUCGUCGACGACUGGCCAAGGUGAUGGCCGCGGAGAAUGCAGAUGCGCAAAGCGCGCCGGUCGUCAUCCAGCUCAUUCCCAAGUCUGUCCUCCACAGCGCACAGCACCGUCGGCUCAACGCCGAUCCGGCCCAGCACGUUGUGUUCCGUCUGCCCUUUCACCGUUACGUGCAGCUCUAUCAAGCGUUGCAGGCACGCGAGGAGGCACUGCUGGCGCAACGCGCGUCCGUCGCGGCGAGCCUCGGUCGCAGCCCCUAUCAGAAUAAUAGCAACGAGAGCAGCCCAACCGUCGCGGCGAAGAUCUCGAACCUCCUCUCCGCUCUCCUGAUUGGUAUGCCGGCGGCCACCGCGAAUAAGUACGAGACGCUCCGUCGAGUGAUGACCUCGGUGGAGUCGUACCUGCGUGCCGCGGCCCACAUCGCGGUGGACAACGACGCAGGCUCCAUCACCAACGGCCGUCUUGUUCUCCAGCCCAUCGGUGUUCUCGCCCUGUGUCUGCCGGUUCCCCUUCCUGUUGCACGGCUGUUGGUCGUCGGGUCUCUCCUGCGGCCGUCCGUGGCGGCGCUGACCGCCAUCGGUGCGCUAUGGUGCUGCAGCGACCUCCUCUCGCUUCAGGGCGUCGGCGGUGUUCGCGUGGGGGACGCUUCUGACGCGGCGCGCGAGGCGGUGGCGGAGCAGGCGGCUCUCCUCAGCGAGGCCCGUCUUUUCUUCUCGCGCGACUCGCUGAGCGACGUCGUCGUGGCCUUCCACGUGUAUCAGAUGUGGUGCUCGGUGCGCGGCAAACCCGAUGCGGAGAGGGACUUCUUAGAGGAGUGCGGAGUGUCGCUGCACGUGCUGACGUCCGUCUUUGAGACGCAGGUGGGCAUGUGUGCCGUGCUGCGCUCCUUCGGGCUUCUCGCGGCGCCGCCUGGCGGUGACGGCGGUGACCACAUCCCCACCAGCAGCAUCAGCGGUGUGGACCGCGCGGAGUCGGCGGCGGAGAGGGCGCUGCGUGGCUGCAUCGCCUCGUUGCACAACACGGCGGAGGCGGCUGCACAGCUGCGCGAGGUGUUGGGCGUUGCCAUGGCGGCCCUCUCACCGGAGGUGUCUUCAAGUCGCGCCCUGCACGCCUGUGUGACUGCUGCGUUGUACCCGAGCUGCGUUGUCCCCACCGGCGAGAACGGCAUCGGUCUCCUCUACGACGCCGUGUCGGCCACAGCCGGGACGGGCGCUGAGGCAGCCGCUGGCGGUCCUGCGUGGGGCACCCGGCGCGUUGCGAGUUUCGCGCAGGACUCCCUGCUCGCCGACCCCGGUCAGGGUGCGAAGGCCGCGGGCAGGCCUUUUCUGUUUCUCGCCAAGGCCAUUGCGGACGACACCGCACGCGACGCGGCGGCGGCCACGUCGACCACCACCUCGGCUGUUGUGGAGCAGCUCAACCCGUUGCACGAGGCCGCCGCGCUCGUCUUCUGCGGGCACUCCUACGAACGUCCUCGCAAGGUACCGCUGCGGUGCCGUGGGUGGUCGUCGGUGCUGACGAAGAGCUGGCGGGAGACGCGUCGUGCACGGGGCCUCCCGCCCGUCGCGCAGCUCCCGCCAACCUCCAUUGCCGUUCAGUCGUACGACACGGUCCACUGCCAGCAGGUGGUCUGCAUGAUGGACCAAAACUUCUCCUUCACGAUGCGGGCAACCACGUCGAGAUGGCUGCAGCAACUGCGCACCCACGUGCGCAUUCAACUCACCGCAGUGGUGCGUGGCGCCGCUUUACGGGGCCAGCCAAGCACGAAAGAGACGGCGGCGAUGGCGGCUGCGUAUCCGGCCGUGGCGGCAGAGGUGGCAGACGCCUGGGCCUGGUGGGAGCGUCGCCACGCCGAAGGCAGGGAGUGGCUGCGCGAGGAGCGGGCGUUGGUCGCCCAUCAUGAAGAAAACAAGCCGAAGAACAACGGCAAGGACGAGGAGACGGCGCCGUCGCCGUCUGAUGCCGCCAAGACAGCCAGCCUCCGUCAGCAGCUCUACGGCUAUUACGCGUGGCAGCUGCACCCCGGGGCACCGGCGGCGGUGGUGGUGCCGACAAGCGCGGAUCGCAGAGCGGCCGCAAAGAACGCAGCGGCAGCGUCGGCCGCCAGUGCGGCGGAUGCGGCGGCCGAAUCGAAGGCGGCGGCGGAGGACAACGAGGAGGCCGGCAACGCGGACGGUGGUCUGCCAGCGACGUACACCGGGAAGCUUCCCCCUGCCGACGUGGAUCACAUCUUUCGCCAGUGCGCGAAGAGUAUGGCGGCGAAAGGCACCCGCGAGGCCGAGGCGCGGCUGCUGCGCGACAGCCCUGACAUGUUCUCCUUCCUCAACCCCGAGGACCCCUACCACGAGUACUACCUGUACCUGUUGCGGCAGGCCGCGCCGGAUAUGGAGGUGCUCGGCGACAAUCUCGAGGAGCUCAUUAGCUUUCUCGAGUCGGUGGAGGUGGAGCUGCGGGAGGAGUUGGGCUACACCGAUGCUGCUGCCACCGCGGCGGACGGCAGCGCCGGUGGGGUGUUGGGGGAUGAGGACCCGAGUACGUACAACAGCGGGGGCGGGGCGAGCAUGUGGGGUGGUGCGAAGACGGGCAUAUACGAGGUACACGACGUGGUGGAUGGCGACGGAGUGGACGAGGACGGGGACAUGUACGCCGGCGACGGCGGUGGGCUGCAGCUCGAAUCGGCAGCGGUGAAUUUGAAGAAGAACGUCGGCCCUACGUUGGCGGAGCAGAUUGAGCAGGCGCGGCGGGCGCAGGAGCACCCGACAGCCACCAAUGCGGGCAGCAGCAGCAUCAGCAACAGCGGGGCUGCGACCUCAGCGGCGGUGUUUCCCAACAUGACGACCUCGACCUCCACGGCGACAACGGAUGGGAUGCGUGGCACCGCCGCCGCCGCGGGAGCUGCGACCACGCCGUUUGUCUCGACAAACGCCGGCGAGACCUUGGCAGAUAAGUUGAAAGCGAUGCAGAUGGCCGCCAUGCAAGGCGCUGCCGGCGGUGCUCCAGGGUCCUUCUCUAGUACAAACACCUCCUACGCUGACGGAGGGCCCGACGUCGAUCGGAGAAACGAUGAUCCGGCGGACUUUGUGGUGCCGCAGCCCACCGCCGCCGAUCUACUCGCUGCGAUCAAUUUUGGCGGUGAGGGCGGUGCGACGGACUUCGCACCGGCUCCCCCCGCAACGCAGCAACCGCAGCGGCAGUACUACGACUACGGCAGCAGUCACGCCCCGCCGAACGCUGUCUUUCAGGCGCCCACGACAGAAGAGCUGAUGGCGCUGCUGGGCACAACGCUGCCGCCUUCCUCAGGCGGCCUGCUCGACUCCGUGGGUGGGGCCGGGAGUGUGCUCGGGAUGCUGGGGACGUCCUCCCCCACGCCCCCUGCCUUCUUCACCGGGGCGGCGACGGCGAACCCGCUCUUCCGACCGCCUCCUGCGAUCCCCGCCAAGGCGCUGGAGGAGCGCCCGCCGUCGGUGCUCAUCUACCCUAUCCCCAACUGCAGACUUCACGGCGGCAACGUUCGUCUCCUACUCGCCAAGAGUUUAGGCGAGGCGCUCAAUAUGCGUGUGGGCCCCACCGUCAUCGUCGGCCGCGUGGCCCGCAUCGACGUACCAAACCGCAACGUCGAGGCCCGCGCGCUCGCGCUGCAGAAGUUCCAAUGCGCGGAGCAGACGGUGUACCUCCUGCGCAACGACCGCAUCAUCGACGACCCGACACGCGAGAAGCGGGAGCGACGACAGCGGCAGCAGGAGCGUGACCGCCAGGCCGAGGAGCGCCACGAGCGGCAGCAGCGGCGUCGCGGCGAAGACAAGGGCGGUGCACGACACGUGCUGGACCCCACAAGUCCAGAUGCCUACGCCGACCCGAGCGCGUACGUGGAGACGGCACCAGUGACCUCCGCAGCGGCGGGGGCGGCAUCGUCGGCACCAGCGCUGCGCAUUGGUGUGUUGUCGUCGACGGAGGAAGACGAGGACGACAGCGACAGCUCCUCCUCUUCGUCCUCCUCUUCGUCGUCGUCGCAUUCGGAGUAG